AUGGGAUCCAAACCCUUUGGAUUAAACCAAGAUUUGCACAAAGCAUUUGAAUAUUUUGAAAAUUCUGCUGAAUUGGGAUGUAUUGAUGGAAUUUUCAGAGUAGCUUAUGCCUACCACAGUGGUGAGGGUGUUAAAUUGGAUUAUUCAAAGGCAAUGGAAUAUUAUUUGAAAGCUGCAGAGAUGGGAGAUGCUUUGGCAAAGAAUAAUAUUGCAGACAUGUAUUUGAAAGGCCAGGGAGUUCAACAAAAUUUUCAAACAGCUCUCAAGUGGAUCAAAGAAGCAAUGGAACAAGGUAAUUGUGGCGAUAGUUUUGCAACUUAUGGAGAAAUGCUUUUUAAUGGAAAUGGUGUGGAAAAAGAUUACAAUACGGCCUUUGACCAUUUUAAAAGAUCAUCAGAUACUGGAGAAAAUUAUUUCGCACAUUUUCUGCUUGGAAGGAUGUAUGAGUAUGGAUGGGGUUGUAAAAAGGAUAUCAAUAAGGCUUAUGUACUAUAUUUGAGAGGAGCCAAAGAUGGAGAUGAUGCUGCUAUUGCUAGAUUGGAAAGCCCAUUCAAGAAUUCGUUAUUUACGAAAUCGUUCCACCUAUUUGAUACAGUAAUAUUAACGGUGGAAAAUGAAGAUAGUUGA